AUGACACAAGUAACAAAGCGUAGUAAAUUACAUUAUUAUUCAGAUGGUGAUAUUAAAAUAAUAGUGGAUAAAACCAUAUUUCUGUUACACAAAACAAUAAUCGGACUUGCUUCAAAAGUAUUCCAAGAUAUGUUUUCGUGCGCAUCACCAUUUACAAGUGAAAUUCCAGAAAUAAGGUUAGAAGAUGAAUCACCGAUAAUAUUUGAAGAACUUAUGUCAUAUAUAUAUCCCGAUACAUAUAUAACCAUAAAUUGGAAUAAUGUAAGUGAAUUUUUAAGAAUAGCCGAUAAAUAUAUAAUGGAACCGAUUUUAAUGGCGGCGAAAGCGUUUCUUGAACGAGAAUUUCGGAAAAACCCAUUACCAGUGUUAAGAAUGGCAGAACAACAUAGAUUUAAAGAACUUUACAAAGAAUCAUCAAAAUUAGUUUUAGAGAGAUUUCCUGAAGUUAAAAGAACACAUACAUUUCAACAACUUUCUGUAGCAACACGUACGGCAUUAAUUGCAAAAUAUGAAGAAUAUAUAAAUGCAUUAGGUAUAUUAUGUAAAAUAGAUUUUACAUCGGGAUAUUUACAUUGUAAGGAAUGUAAUUCAGCAUCAGAACAUGAUAAAGAGAUUAGCGAAAAAUUUGAUAGUAGAGUUAGACAAGUUCAAACACUUCCAUUGCCAUUACCUCCAUCACAACCUUCUGUUACUAGAAAAAUAUUAUUUGAAGCUAUUGGAAAUAAUAUGUGUGAUAAGCAAUUUAUGAACUUUCAGCUUCCUAGGAAGUUUAAAAAGCACUUUGGAUCUUUUGAACCUUUGGAGU